AUGGAUCAACUUCUAGAUGACUUAUUUUGCAAAAGGGGAUCAACAAGGGAAAGAGCACUGUCUUUGAUAACUGAGGACUUUACCAUCAACUAUCGCCAUCAGUUUUCCCAAAAGAAUUUUGCUACUUUACUGUACCGAUUCUUAUAUUCCUUCAAGAAGGGGUCUUCCAAAGAGAUUGCUUUAGCUUCUCAUGCACUCGGAUUGCUGGCUGUCACAAUAGGUUGUGGGGAUGAUGCUCAUGAACUUUACAAUGAGUCACUUCCCUUGAUCUCAAAAGCUCUCAAAUCCGGGACUGAAUCUUCAUUGUUAUCUAUCAUUGACUGUUUGGCUAUUGUGACAUUUGUUGGCGGAAGUAAUUUUCAGGAGACAGAAACAUCCAUGAAGAUGUUAUGGCAAUUCAUUCACCUAGAAUCCGAUGAUAAUGUUGUAGCAAAGAAACAUUCAUCAGCUGUUCUUUCUGCUGCUAUUUCUGCUUGGUCACUUCUUCUCACAACCGUCGAUGGCUGGAACAUUAAUUACAACUACUGGAAAGGAGGAAUUUCUGUCUUUCUGGAUCUUCUACAAGUGGACGAGCCAUCUGUUUGUAUUGCGGCUGGUGAAGCACUAGCUUUAAUAUGUGAAGUUGGUUUUCUUGAGAAAUCUGUCUUUGAUACCCACAGUGCUGAUAUUGGUACAGAUGAAAAGGAAAAUGACUUGUUAAAACAAUAUUCGUCUAUGAAAGAGUUACAAGAAAAAGUAUCCAGACAUGUCAGGAGUCAUUUUCAACAAACUGCCAAUAAGAGUUCAGCCAGUAAUUCUCUCAAUGAACGACACAAAUUUUGUAGGGAUCUUUUGAAUGUCCUAGAGGAUGGCUGUUUUUGUAAGACUGCAUUGAAGAUUGGUAAACAGAGUUUAGAGAUAAAUUCAUGGUCCCAGUUGCUGCAGGUUAACUUUCUGAAACAUAUUUUAAGACGUGGAUUUGUGAAACACAUGCUGGAAAAUGAGUUUCUUCAUGAUGUUUUCAACUUCACGCCGAGAAAAUCAACUUCAGGGAAUGAACUUUAUGUAUCUGAAAGAGAAGAGGCCACUAUUAAGAUUUUUGUGCCUGAAAUCAGAACAAGAGAUGAUGAAGAUUUUCCUGAGAAAAUUCGUAGGGCGCCCAGCUCUGCUUUCCGCAAGGCAAAGACUCAAUUAUUAAACAAGCAGCGUGUCGCAAAAGGUAAAGAGCUUUGGCCAUCCCAUGAUUAA